CUACCUGAGAAGCAGCUUUGGUGCACACAGCCUUCCCACCACUGCUCCGUCAUGUGGCAUCCAAUCUCCUGGACACCACGUGCCCAGUUGUCACCAAACCACUUAAAGCUAGUCACUGUCUAUGUCCUGAUGCUCUUGGUGUCGCUCAGCUUUGCGUCGGGACAGAGCAGGCCAUUUAAACAUCAGAUAGACAACAGAAGUCCUGAGAUUGACCCUUUUUGGUAUGUAGGCCGUGGUGUUCGCCCCAUUGGCCGCUUUGGGAAGAGGCAGCUGAGAAGCAGCCGUGGCAGCCCGAGGCCUGUGAGCAGACACCUGGAUUUCAUCUUGAAUGCUUUGUGGGAGCAAAAACCAUUGGACACAGAGGACAGUGACUGGUGAUCUCUGUCCCCCAAAGUGGUGACCCAACCUCUGUGCUUUGAAUU